AUGAAACAGGAAUCGCCUGAGCCUGAACUUUCCCUGCUUCUACCGAAACUUGGUGAUAUCGUUAAGAAGUUCCUUGAAAUUGAGGAUGAAGACUAUACUAUCUCGAAGUUCUUGGUCGGUUUAUAUGACCAAGCUGAUGGAGCUGAGACUCUGAAGAGUGGGUUCCAAGGGUUUAAGAGUGUUGUGGCGCAAAAUGGAGGUGACGACUUUCCUCAAGAAUUCCUUCGAUCGGUAUUUCAGGCAAUUCAAGCUCUGCGUCCCCAGAUAAAACAAGAGCCUGAGGUAAAGCAGGAACCGAGCCAGGAUGUUGCUCCCGUGAAACAAGAAGAGAAGACGGAAAAUGUGAAGUCUACGAAUAAAGACCAGUCAAGCUUUCCGGGAUUGGCACUUCCAGACCGGGAAGUGAAAAGAGAACGCAUAGACGGUCCAGCUCUGCGUGAUUUGCAACCACAGCUGGAUGAACCACUUAAAGUGGGAAACAUAUACAAAGGCCUUAUCAGUAACAUAACUGCUUUUGGUGCCUUUGUGAGAUUGCAUGGUACUCAUUCUUCGGGCCUUUGUCAUGUUUCAAAGCUUGCCUAUGAUGGAAGAAGAGUGCCCAAGGCUGAAAAUGCCGUGAAGAUGGGCCAAGAGGUCUUUGUUAAGGUUGAAAACAUCCAAAAGGCUGGUCCUAAAGGUCGUGAGAAGAUAUCUUUGUCCAUGGUUGGUAUAGAUCAACUAACGGGUAUUGACAGGCUGAGCGAAUUGGAGAACGAGAGAAGAGGACGCUCCCGUCAGAACCAACCACCGGCAAAGAAAAGAAGACUCACAUCACCGGAACGUUGGGAAAUCCGUCAACUUAUAGCAUCAGGAGCUGCGCUGGCUGCAGACUAUCCUGAAUUGAAUGGUGCCAACGAGGACCAAGCUGACCAAGAACCUGAAGAUGAUGAGGCCGUUGAUGUCGAACUUAAUACGAACGAACCAACAUUCUUGAAAGGUCAGACUGACGGCAAGGGAGGAAUGGGCGUGAAUCCGAUGCUUAUACUUAAAAAUCCAGAGGGUUCUAUGAGUAGAGCCGCCAUGAAUGGUUCCAAGCUAGCCAAGGACUUCAAAGAGGAGAAAGCAGAGAAGCAAAAAGAGCUUGAGAAGGAAAUGAGACUUGCCCAAGAUUCAAAUGAUCCAUUAGCAGAGAUGAGGAAGGAAGAGCUUGUGAAACAGAAAGUCAUUUCAGAAUGGCGUAAGAGCCAGCUGCAACAACGGUCCGAUCUUAAGAAAUUACCCAAACUUUCACUCCAACAGCAACGUGAGAGUUUGCCUGUUUUUGCAAUGCGUACUCAGCUUAUAGAAGCCAUAGAACAGAAUCAGUUCUUGGUUAUUGUUGGUGAAACAGGUUCUGGUAAGACAACCCAGAUUGUUCAAUAUGUCUAUGAAGAAGCCCUCAACGUUGUCGGUAACACUGAAAAGAUAAUUGGAUGUACUCAGCCUAGACGUGUCGCCGCUGUUUCGGUUGCUAAGCGUGUGGCCGAGGAAGUUGGAUGCAAAGUAGGAGAAGAAGUUGGCUACUACAUUCGUUUCGAGGAUGUCACUUCUCCAGAAACUAAAAUCAAGUAUAUGACUGAUGGUAUGCUCCAAAGAGAAGCUUUGCUCGAUCCCACCAUGUCUAAAUACUCGGUAAUCAUGUUGGAUGAAGCUCACGAGCGUACGAUAGCCACGGAUGUGUUGUUCGCCUUGUUGAAAAAAGCUGCUAAGCUGAACCCGAACCUCAAAGUGAUUGUUACUUCAGCUACACUUGACCUGGCUAAGUUUGCUUCUUUCUUUAACGACUGCCCGGUUUUGAAGAUCCCUGGUCGUACAUAUCCCGUGGAAACUCUCUUCUCUAGGGAAGCCGAGCCGGACUACUUGGCAGCUGCACUUGACUGUGUAAUGCAAAUUCAUGUUGCCGAAGCUGAAGGUGAUAUAUUGGUCUUCUUGACGGGUCAGGAAGAAAUUGAUACAAGCUGUGAAGUGCUUUAUCAACGAAUCAAGACUUUGGGAUCUGCAGUUCCUGAGCUUCUUAUCCUUCCAGUAUAUUCCGCUCUUUCCUCAGACAUGCAACUGAAGAUCUUCGAGCCUGCUCCUCCUGGUGCACGAAAAGUGGUAUUGGCCACAAAUAUUGCCGAAACAUCUAUUACAAUCGAUGGUAUUCGGUAUGUUGUUGACCCUGGGUAUGUCAAGGUCAAUGCAUAUGACCCAAAGCUAGGCAUGGAUACUUUGGUGGUGUCACCAAUCUCUCAAGCUCAGGCAAAUCAAAGAGCUGGCCGUGCUGGUCGUACCGGUCCAGGUAAAUGCUACAGACUAUACACGGAACAAGCGUACAAUACAGAGAUGCUUCCAAACCUGAUUCCGGAGAUCCAAAGACAGAAUCUUGCGCUUACCAUUCUUAUGCUCAAGGCUAUGGGUAUCAAUGAUCUCCUCAACUUUGAAUUUAUGGACCCACCUCCAGCACAAACAUUAGUGAACGCUUUGCAUGAUUUGUAUAAUCUCGAUGCACUCGACGAGGAGGGAUACUUGACACCGUUUGGCAGGAAGAUGUCAGAGUUCCCUAUGGAACCUGCUCUUGCAAAGACAUUGAUUGAAUCUACUGAACUAGGAUGUGUUGAUGAAAUCCUUACUAUUGUCGCUAUGCUUUCUGUACAAUCAGUCUUCAACAGGCCCAAAGACAAGCAAGCAGCAGCAGAUCAGAAGAAACAACGUUUCCAUUCUGUCUACGGAGACCAUAUCACAUUGCUUAACGUCUACAGAGCGUGGGACCUCAAUGGCCGUUCACCAGGCUGGUGCAAAGACAACUACAUCCACGAGCGAAGCAUGAGAAGAGCCUUGGAUGUCCGAAAGCAGCUUGGGCAGAUCAUGAAGCGGUUUCGAAUUCCGAUAGACAGUUGUGGAUCCGAUACAAUCGCUGUCCGCAAGGCCUUCUGCUCUGGGUUCUUCAGAAACUCGGCCAAGCGAGAUCCUCAUGAGGGAAUUUACAACACCCUAGUCGACCAGACCCCCGUGAGCAUGCACCCGCUGCUGGCUCUUUUCGGCAAGUCCUGUGAGUAUGUCAUUUAUCACACGGUCCUUCUCACCACCAAGGAGUACAUGCACUGCGUCAGUACCAUAGAUCCACGCUGGCUUUUGGAAUUAGCGCCUCGCUUUUUCAAGAAAAGUGAUCCUACUAGUGAAUCCAAGAAAAAGGAGAAAAUUACACCUCUCUACAACCGUUUUGCUGAAAACCAGGAUGCCUGGAGACUCACGUCCCAGAUUGAAGCGAAGAAGCGCGCCUUGGAACUGCUUAACCAGUAA